AUGUCCCUCUAUUCAUGCUCGCAUCUUUCACAUUCAAUGAGACUCCUUCCGAGUAAGUCUCGCGUGGCCAUUGGAUCCUAUCGAAAUUUGCAUCAAUCAUUGUACAUAGCCCAACAGAAAUCGUCGCAGGACCUCAAAUCUGAUAUCAUCAAGUCAAAAAUAGAGUCCGACAAAAAUGAUCUCGUGCCUAACAAUGGCGCAUCGAUGAACAAUGAUAUAGAAAAACAAGCUCGACCUACCCCUCUCCUCAAUUUGGACUCGAUUUUCGUUCUUAGUGUUCCUAUUACUACUCACAGAUCGUUCAUUUAUUGCCACCACAAGCCCAGUCUACUAAGCGAUAAGCAGCGCAAUGAGAUGGACUGGAGAGUCAAGGCUGAAAAUAAAGUGGUUUCACUUGCCAUCAAGGGAUGGAAUAAGCUUGAGAAUUCGAAGGUGUCAAUUAAUCAGAAGAUCGUGGUAUUUAUUAGGCGCCUUCUUAGCUCUAUCCCCUACGAUGAGAAUUGCUUGCGGUCAUUUCCCAGGAAAUCCGUAAUGAUUAGAGAAAUCAAUGAGGAGCACCGAGAAUCCCUUCCUAAAGUGGUGUUGACUGCCGAUAUUGAGAGUGAUGUAGUCUCCUUGGACCAACUCAAACCCAUACCAGUGUAUCACCCUCGAUUCCAAGAGCCCCAGGCUAUAUUGUCACAGAUGCAUGAGUUCAGAAGCUCGCUUACUGCCUAUCAUAAAAAAUGGGCCUAUCUCUGUGCUUUGGGAAUCCCUCUCAGUUUACCUGCUGCCCUCAUUCCGGUUCUCCCCAACGUGCCUGGAUUUUACUUUGCAUAUCGUUUGUACUGCCAUCUUCAAGCUCUUAGAGGUGCUGGAAAUCUAGGCUACUUGCUUGAAAGCAACAGUGCAGAUGAUACUAUAGAAGACACCACUCACUUAACUUUUAGCUCUGUUCCCGGCUUGGAUAAUCCAUACUUGGCUAGCGGCUUGUUUGAAAAAAUAAAGGAGGAAAAUUUGGAGGAGUCCGAAAGGCUUUUGAUCAAUCCUGAAAUCGUAGAUCAGCUUUGUGAGAGCACUCAUCUUCAUCAAGUGAAGGACGACUUGUUACGAGCAUUGGCGCAAGAAUCACGCCGCUUGAAAAAAAGUUUAGAAGAGAGUCCUGAGUAA